AUGGCGCCUACAAAUAAGAGAAGUUCUUUGUGGUUACAUUUCACAGAAAAAACUAGCAAAGAAGCAAUUUGUAAAUUUUGCGGCGUGUUGGUGAAAUUGGGAGGUGGCACAUCGAAUUUAAAAGGUCACCUUCAACGCAACCACCCCGGAUGGGACAACAGCAAUAAUAAAUGCAGUGACCCAGAAGUACAAAAUUUAGAAACUUCCAGCAGCGAAACUGAAAUAAGUUCAUCCUUCACUGCAUCUUCCACGUCUAGUCAACCAUCAAUUAUUGAUGCUUUUGAUAAGCAAAACCAAUUCAAAAGCGGAGGAAGUAAAGAAACAAUUCUGACACAAUCCUUAAUUUAUAUGAUUUGUAAGGACAACCUUCCAUUUAGCUGCACUAAAAAAACAGGCAUGAAAAAGUUCCUUAAGGUCGCUGUGCCACGCUACAAACCGCCAAGCCGGGCAACUAUUGUGAGACUUAUUAAAGGGAAAUACGAGUCCUUACACUUAGUCGUUUGUGGUGCUUUAAAAAAUUUAAGUUCACUGGCCCUUACAACUGAUAUUGCCACAGUCAUGAACUCCACUCGGAGUUUUAUUGUGUUGACUGGACACUAUUUUGACGAAAAAGCGUGCAGCGUGAAAUCUCUGGUUUUUGGUUUAAAAGAGCUUACUCCUCAUCAUACUGCAAGAAACAUAUGCCUCGACCUAAAGGAAAUCUUUGAUCAUUGGAACAUUGAACCCCGCAUUGUUACAUCAGUAACAACUGACAAUGGUGCAAACAUUGUUGCCGCUGUUAAGGAUCUUUUUCCUUCAAGAUCAAAUAGCAUUCAUGUGUCCUGCUAUGCCCACAAUAUUAAUUUGGUGGUCUCCAAAGGAUUGGGCGCUGUUAAAGAGCUGGUAGCUAUAAUAGAAAAAGUGAAGCUUAUUGUGGCAUUCUUCAAGCAUAGCAAUGUAGCUCAAGAUCAGUUGAGGAAAGAGCAAGAAAAAGACGCACCAUCUAUGAUUACUUCGUCUGAGCUUGCAAUCAUUGGCGAAUGUAUUGCACUUUUAUUGCCAUUAGAAAAUGCAACAAACGAUAUAUCAGGGGACAGUUAUGUUUCGGCUAGUUUGGUAAUACCAUUCACACAUUGCUUACAGCUGUCACUGACGAAAAUAUGUGCCACUUAUACAGAAACCAUACAACUGAAAGAUGUACUGCUACAGCAGGGUUUGGAAAAAAUAAGUCGCGGCAAGCAUGCGAGCAUGCAUGUUAAAGCCGCUAAGAAUUUGACUUAA